UUGUUGGUUCUUUGGUGGGUGGCAAGUAUCCAGCUGCUUUAUCAAACAUACUUUUGAGUAACUUAACACCGCAUUUGCACCAAUAAAAUAAUCCCUCCAAUAAAACAGUCCAUCCGGCCCGCCCCAAGAACGGAGAAUGGAAGGCUAGAAUAGGCAGCGUCCGUGAGCAGGUCAGUGCUAACACUCCAGGCAAAAAGGUGAAGCCAGAAAAAGCAAUGGGAUAUUGGCCAACGUGGCAUGCACAAAGGCCACACCAGCCCUACAGCCCCCGCUGCAGCCUGAGCCUGGCUCCUGCCCAUUCCCGGUGAUGAGAUGCACCCUGAACAGCCUGCGCUGUCCUGCUGGUCUCCACGGAUGUGGAGGGGUUGUUUCGGGGAGGAAGGCUACUACAGACUGAGAUGUGGUUUGUCUUGCUUCAGAGUUUUGUCGGUGCCCCAUCAGGCACUCGGCCUGAUCUGAAGCCAGCCUUGCCUUUGGCCACUCUGGAGGGCUCCUCCACCAAAACCUGCAGCGUGGGGGCUGUCCUUGCUGCCCCUUGUGGGGGCGGGUGGCCUGAAGCAAACUCGAUACCUUUGUCUCCAGGUUCAAGUGAGAUUAAGAGGUAGCAGAUGUGAGUGGAUUAAAUUUGGCCUUUUCCUCUUUAUCAGACAUCAGCCCCAGAGUGUGACUCUGUAGAGCUUGUAGACAAAGUGAACUGUGUGUCUUGCUUCUAGGUGUAAUCAGGAGCAGGGCAGGCAGCAAGCACUGAGCCUCAGAAAGAAGAGUCCCAGGUCCCUGCCUGGCCCAGAGGUGUCUGUGACCCACCAGGACAUAAAGGAGGUGAAACUUCUUACAGUCCUUGAAGUUUUAUGUUACUCAUGGUUGAGCUGUACAGAAAGGGGUCCCACUGGUGAGCCCUUGCAUGUAAUGAAUGCUUUGCUGAGAGGAGAUAUUGGCUGACUUGGAACAAGUUGAAUCCUCGCAUAUCCUUCUUCAUCCUGGCUUGCAAUGGGAUUGGAUAGGGACAGCAGACUUGGAGGCAGGGUUUUGAGCCUCCUGUUUGUAAGACCCUGGUUCAGAUCUGACCUAGCCUUCCCUCGUGUGUGAGAGCCCGCCCGCCGCUUCCCCCAGGAACAGCCCCAUUAAGCAUGAAGGGAGCUGUUGGCUCUGGGUUGUCUGCCUUGCAAAGCCUGUAUCCCACAGCAGAGCAGGGGUGCUCCUUGUGAUGCUAUAGCAGUCACAAACUAGGUGAAAUACAAUCAAAACUCGUGUUUGGUAUCCCUUGAACUAAACUCCUGCCCUGUUGUCUGAGUAUGGCCCAAAGGAGGUUAUGACUCGUGGUCUUACUGGGAACUAAGAAGAUUGAGCAGGCUUUACUGUUUCUGUGUAAACAGAGCUGACAGAGUACGGUCAGCCCAGCCUCCUUCCCCUUCCAGCCCCAGCCCAGCUUCACCUGCUGAGGGAUGUGUUGCACCCAUGCGCUUUCCUCACUCCUCUCCCCAGGAGCCUUUGGAGGCCAGGGCUGACACCAGCACAACUGGCUGAAGUUUAAGCGGGGUGUGUGUCUUUGGAGGAGGGUGAAGGCCUCCGGUUGUCCCAGUUCACAGCUGGCCCAUGCGAGCUUGUCUUCGUCUUGUGCGGUGUGUUGCGUUGUGUCACUUCUCCAGGCACUGGUGGUGCUCCAGCUGUGGGGUAACGUUGAAGUGCUGCUCUUAGACACAUGGCAGGAAUUUGGCCAGCAUGUCUCUGCGCUGACUAAGGCAAUAGCAAAACACCCAUACAAGUGAGUUGUAUCACUGGAUCCGGUCAAACCGCGAGCCCAGAGCUUUGGAAAACCUCAGCGGAAGUUACAGAAACACUUACCUGUGAAUGCAAGCCUGUCUUCAGUGCUGUCAGUGUAAGAGCUCGGACGAGAUCAUUUUCAGUCCUCUGUGCCUAUGAACAUCCUCUGUUGUGAAGGUCUUACUCUGAGCAAUCCAUCUUUCUGCAGGAGGCUGCCGCAGGCAGAGGCGGUGCCUUUCUGCACUGCUGGGGCCUGGGCCAAGGGGGUGCGAGUGGAGAAGGACGGCCCAGGACUCUGGCAGGUGUGGAAGAGAGAAAUCCAGCAGUUUAAGAGAGUCAGCCCUGCAAUGGCAGCAGCUAUAGAAGAAGUGUAUCCCUCUCCAGGGCUCCUGUUACAGGACCAGCUCAAAGUUUCUUUGCGUAUUUGGUUCCCCAUCCCAACUGGUGCAGCUGAAGGUCUGUUGUAUGCAUCCCAUUGCCCUUAUCCAACAUGGUAUGUCCAGCAGCUUUUGCUUUCUCUGACUGUUUGGGAGGUCUGUUUGCAAGUGGGAGGUCUUGAUUCUUCUGAGUUUUAUCCCCUGAACCUGGUAUGUUUGGAUGAAAGUUCAGCCAUGGAUCCUCCCUGUAACAAUGGGAUUGAGCACUGGAGAUAGGAGCCUUAGCUGAGAGCUCCACGUCAGCUCCUUCCUUCUCCUGUCUGCAUGAAGACCUGGGAAGAAUGCAGCACAGAAGACUGAAGACGACUCCUGAGUGACAUCUGGAUUAAAUCAGACAUCAGCUGUAAAGACCACCGUAUUGGACCAGACUGAUCCUGCCAUAUCUAUCUCUUCACGGUGACCACCAACCCCGACCUUUUCCUGGACCUGAGUGUGUAAUGGGACUGUGGUCCGUGCUGGUCAGCCUCGAUGUUUUAUCUGCCAAGACUCGGCAGUGGCUGAGCUGUUGCUGGCAUGACUGUUGCUGGGAGCCCAGCCAGUGGAAGCAGCUGAUUCUGUUUCAGAACAGAG